UCCAACCUUGCACAGCCAGUUUCCUCCACAGGAGACAAGAGGAAAGGGCUGGAUUUCACUAGAGCCAAUGUCCAGCUCAGUGCACGGCCCACAUGAGGAGCCUCACUCCAUGGUCUGAGGAGAGACAGAGCAGAAGGUGCCCUGCCAGGCCCUGCAGAGCCAACCCAGCUGGAGGACGGUGUCCUCCGUACCUCUUCAUCUGUUCCCGGGACAGCAGCAAACACCCCUCUGACGCAGCCUACAGGGUGAGGAAACCAAGGUGCAGAGAGGCUCGGUGCCUUUUCCAAGGCUAAGGCGUCUUCCACGAUGUUCCCAUUGCAAGGUGCCCAGAUGCUGCAGAUGCUGGAGAAAGCCUUGAGCAAGAGCCUCCCUGAAUCCUUGAAGGUUUAUGGGACCGUCUUCCACAUGAGCCAGGGUAACCCGUUCAACCUCAAGGUCCUGGUGGACAAGUGGCCUGACUUCGACACUGUGCUUGUCCGCCCCCAGGAGCAGGAGAUGACCGAUGACCUUGAUCACUACACCAACACUUAUCAAGUCUUCUCCAAGGACAUCAGGAAGGGCCAGGAAGUCCUGGCCACACCGGAAGUCAUCAACUGGAAACAACAUCUGCAGAUCCAAAGUUCACAGUCCAGCCUCAACGAGGUGAUAUUAAAUCUUGCAGCCGCUAAAUCCCUCCAAGUCAAGCAUUCCCAGAACAUCCUCUAUAUGUGGGCAGACACAGUAAGGAAGCUGGUUCCUUCCCUGCUGGAUGAGAAGAACUUGGCCCCCACGGGGGGCAAACCCAAACCCAUCAACGAAGCCCUGUUCAGGCCCUCCUCCCUGGACGUGGCCCACGCUGCCCUGGUGAAUGAGUUCUGGGGUUUUGGCGGCAAUGAGAGGAGCCUGAGGUUCAUCGAGCGCUGUAUCCGCACCUUUCCCUCCUCCUGCCUCCUGGGGCCAGAGGGCACUCCCGUGGCCUGGGGCCUGAUGGACCAGACAGGAGAGAUGCGUGCGGGGGCCACUGUGCCCAAGUACCGUUCCCAGGGCCUCAACGGCCACGUCCUGUAUACCCACUGCCUGGCUCUGAGCAAACUGGGCUUCCCUGUCUACUGUCAUGUAGCCAAGAAGAACAAAAUCAUGCAGAAAAUAAAGCUAUCUUUUCAUCAUGUGCCCAUGCCCUGUGACUGGAACCAGUGGCACUGUGUCCCUCUGUGACAGCCCUGACCUGGCAGUGCCCAUGGAGAUGUGAAUGUGUGGACAAAGAUGCAUAAUAAAUUG